AUGUUGCAUAGGCGUAGAACGUCUGUAGGCAUUCGGAGGGGGAACACGGCCGAUGAGGUGAAAAUAGCUGCGCUUCGUGGGGCGAUUUUGCCCGAGAUGAACAACGGCCUGCAGCGAGUUGGUCACACGAUUGUCGUCUACAAGCAAGACUUGUACCUUUACGGCGGCUACGGGCCUAAAAAUACCUACUCAAGUUGCAUCUUUUGUAACGUUAAAAUGACCUUGCAAUGGAAAGAAAUUCGUGGUGUCGGUGUGGUUCCAAGUGGGCGUGCCAACCACAGUGCCAUCAUGCACGAAAAGAGGAUGAUUAUUUUUGGAGGGCACCGAAAUUUAGAGGUUUUUGACGAUAUGUACCUUGUUAACCUUGAAACAAUGAGGUGGGAGAAGGUCAACUACGAGCGAGCUCAGGGGCCUGGUCCUGUUUUUUCACAUGCGGCGGUGUACGUGCCGCCCACUCAGACAAUGAUCGUUAUUGGAGGAUUUCAUCAGCGUCAGCAUAACAUGUACAUUGCACAUUCCUUUGAUAUUAGACACCGAGUGUGGACUGGAAUUCGUGGACCGGACUCUGUGGACCCGCUUCAUGUUCAAAUGUGUUGUGCGGCGUAUAACACUUCUUCAAGCUCCAUUAUUGUCGUUGGGCUUGUGGAGAGGGAUGUCUUGCUGAGUUCUUCCCGUGAAAUACCCAGUGUGUUCAAGAUGAAUGUUCAUUCCGGGGUGUGGGUGGAGGUCAAUACGCCAGUCUCCCUGGAUUCCCCUAUCCCUUUCCGCAUCAGUGGCGUGUGGGAUUAUUUUCUCCGGGAAAUGAUUAGUAUGGGGGGCGUCUAUGAGGAUUUGUGCGAGGAGUGGUUUUUCCCACUGGUUUUAGCCCCUAUUGAGAAUUUUAUCUUUCGGAAGAAAUUGGAAAGGAUUUCUUCUGGAGCAGCGACCGAUACGAAAACGCGGUCAAGGACAAGGAUGGCCAGCUACGGGUUUUUCAGGCUGCAGUUGUGUGAUAUGACGUGGUCCAUCAUCCCCGUAAAUUUCCCCAGGCGUGUGGUGUCGGAAUUGACAGCGCGCAGGGCUUCAAGGUCCGGCUCCUUGGCAAACCCACAACCAUUUAGCAGACGGCCCAAGAAAGUUCCCCUGCGGGAGAAUAAACGAACAAUCCCGUUCUUUUCGGUCGGGGGUGUUUCACGUUUUCAGCGGAAGUACGCCUUCGCGGUGACGGACGCCUCCGAUACGCGCGAAGGACGUACCGGCUCAAAACUCAUCGCCAUGCACGGUGGCGUUACUACGGAGGAUUACGUUAUGUUUCUUUUCACCCCGAUCUUAAAGAAGCGAACGACGUCCGUUCCCACCUCUUCAGACUCUUUUUUUACCAUCAGUGAAGCCGAUUCGUGUACCUACUCACAAUACUCACGUUGUGGCGGCAGCACGGAUCAGUCCAGCAUGGGGUGGGAUGAUGAUCAAAGUUUCUCUGGGAGCGAUAUUUUUCGCAUUAUCUCAGGCGAAAAGAAAGUGGAGAAAUUGUCCUCCCGUGACGAUAUUGCGGAUUCCAACAUCAUGGUGGGCCGAGCGCAUCGCAUCGGGAGUGACCCCACCCUGCUGCCGCUGCUGCCAAGCAUCCGUGAUUAUAAAAAUUCGCAGCGCUUCGCGCUCCUCUAUCAUCCUUUGAGUGCCGUUCAUAGUGAGAAACUUUUGCCCGAUCCGACAUGCCCUGUCGCCGUGCUGAGCAACGAAUCCGAAGUGAAGACAUGGGCGGAGAACUUCUACGCGGGGACGAGGCAGUGGAUCGCCGCGAAACUGGAUGUGACGCGGAGGGAAGAAAAGGGAGCACGUCGCAAGAAAAAGGGAAAGGAAUCCUCUCGGACAGCGAUGGAGGAGAGUGACGAAAUUUCCUCCAGCAGCGAAUCGGAGAAGACGAAAGACUCGGGUGGAACACAGCUGUCGAUCAUGCCAUCACCCUUGUACUCAACGACGGUGCAAUCGUCCGUGACGAAGCCGAAGGACUUUUUUCUUGACAAAAAUUUGGAGGUUUUUGAUUUUAACAACUUAGAGGUUCGAAGGACAUCGUAUAACAAAAAUUCACCCUUUCUAUUGCCUGGUGAGAUGCCUGAGAAAUUUAGUAGGCUGCGUAUGUCAGCUAGGCGGAGACAAGCGGUUCAACGAACUCCCUCGACAGUGUUUCAGCGAUUCUCUCUGGGGCAUAUCACAGAUGAUGGUGGAACCACUGCGUUUCUCCUCAUGACUUCUGCUCUCGCGCGCUUUAAUGACGGGUCGUAUGAGUCGGCACGGCAAAGGGCACUUAUUCGAUGGCGGUAUCUUCGUGUGAUGGUACUGAACGGUGAGGCGUACUUCAUUAUGCAUCGAGUUAACCAAGAAGAGACAAGAGUGCGUGGGGUUGACGUUUCAACCACUUCAAUGCUUACACUCGCACCGGAAUUACGCACCAAAGGGUUGAAUAGUAACAAAGUUUUUACCAGACCCAUCCCAUAUACCGUCCCAGCUAAGUCCAGCAUUGCACUUCGGUCAUCUGAAGUUACACCAAGCGGACUUGUGGCGUAUCACUGCAUCAACAAUAUCAAAUAA